GUUGUACUGUAAUUAAAUUAAUCUUCUAGCUUGAUAUCUAAACCCCCAAUAUAGCUCGUUCUUGCUACCGAAAGCUUAUUGCUAGCUAUCAAUAAUUUAUUACUCAACCAAGCUAUUCUGGUUAUUUACACACUUCAGCAGUGGAUUCAUUUUCAUUUUCAUUUCAGUUACGAUGGAUUUUGUAACCUCUCUCCCCGAGUUGAAUCGACAGGAUCACUACUCUGCGGGAUACUACGGCCAAGAGUAUAUCAAUCGGUGCCUUCGGUAUCCAUCUCUUUCACCUGAGGGUAGGAUGCACGAAUAUACCCUUCCAAACAACACUUUCGAGGAACUGAAAAACGGAACCAGCGACCUUAGCCUUUUAAUCCCUACAGAGCUACACUGUGAGAUGGAUAGCCCUGGAAAAAGGAAGCGGUUUGGGUUCAAGAUGCGCAGGCUCUUUUCAUGGAAAAUCCGAUCGGUACCUCCAUCAUCGAAUGUAUUAGACUCGAGAGAUAGAGGUAUCUAUAAAGGUAUUGCUUCUGGUGACACUAGUGACAGUGACAGCGUGGACUACAAGACGGCCAAGAAAAGUGUUUCAUCGAAACAUCAAGGGGAUCAGAAGUUUGAGAGGAAAUCUUUCAGACGACUCUUCACCAGACUCCCAAAGGAACAUGUCUUUGACAGUAUCUCAAUGGAAGGAGGCACUGAAGUGGAGGGAGACCUUGAAGUAGAAGGAGUCCCUGAAGUAGAGGGAUCGGAAACAGAUUUUGCUCAUUCAAUUCUCAGUGAGUACAACAAGGCAUCUGUGUCUGACAUGGCGAGCAAGAAAAAUGGUGCGACUGCUCGUCGGAGCAGCAUUUGGGGGUACUUUCGUAAGAGAGUGCACCUGGCCGAUGCCGGUAGCGCCAUCACGCUCACCGAGAAGUAUCUUUCGGACUAUAGUCAACUAUCUGCGGAUAUCAACGCCUUGCCUUUUAAUAUUACCGUAACAGAGAACAAAACGAGACGGUCCCUCCAUAGGUCCAUUUCUCAAAUCUUUAAGGGACGGACAGAGAUUGAUGACCCUGAUGUUUCUGAAAUACUUGAAUCGCCCACAAUUCUCUCACGGACGAUUGAUCAAAGGCUAGCUUCAAGCUUCAUGAAUCAAGAAAAUCAAGCCUGGAACCCCUAUAUACUAGCCAAGCAGCAGCAGACGCCGUGUGAGCUGAAACACGAAUGUAUCGAUGAUGAAUGCGAUGAUGAUGACAAACUCAACAGAAGUCCCCUUCCGCUGGAAAUCCAGGUAUAUAGAGAGCUCUUCAAGGGAUAUAGCCUGGGUAUGCUGGCUCAGAAACGAUCGUUCAGUACCAAAGAGCACGUAUUCUCUGAUUCAGCAGCAAAAUAUUUGAACGAUAGAAGAUGUGUUAGUGGGCCCGGUUUGGGAUCCCAAUGUGUGAAAGCGUAAGUCAGCCAGAUUAAAAGUGGCAUCAAAAAGAUUCCAGUCUGAAACCCCGCCAACUUAGCGGCGUAUGUAGAGAUAAUGGGUUGCAUUGAGCAUUAUGUGCAACGGUGGAAGUGGCAACUGAUCAAAUCCGAUUAAUAGCAGUAUGCAAAAAAGAGUUUCAAGUAAAUAUAGCGUUCAUUAUAGAGUUAACCUGUGGUCUUGGGUGGUAGUGGCGAUGUAAAUGAGAUGCUACCCGCACAGUCUUAAUAAAUGGCAAUGAAAACCCCUCAUAAGCCCAGAGAUGUGGCAACGGACCUUAUGGGGUUAUGAUGUCAUGACCACCACAAGCUACAGGUGCAUAAUUUAUACUGUUGAUAUACGCGUCGCGUCGGAGGUUUAGCCAACGCGUCAGUACUUUCCAAUCUCC